CAAGUAAACUACGUCAAAGACUCAAAACCCAGCGUUAUCAACCGAAUCGACCAAACACUCCCUCCCCCAAUUUCCCAAUUCAAGUAAAUUCAGCCUGAUCCUCUUCCCUGCAAAAUUUCUCCACGUGCGCCGAUCGAAUGUAGUCUCCCCUAACAACUAACAAUGUCUUCGCACGAGCAAGCCCUCGUGUCCCUCCUGUCCCAACUUGCGUUCUCCUUAGAUGGUGCCGUUUUGGGCGUGGCCUUGGCCUACGCCGCCGUCCGCUCUGUUCUCAAGUUCACAGCCACGUCAUCCGCUCUCGGCAAAAUCCGCAGGGCCCCAUCCCUCGAAGUGUCCGACCUCCGCUCAAUCCUGACCGUCGAGGACUCCUCAUCCGGCCUUUCACAGCCUUCCGAUCAUAUGAUCGUCGUCGUCCGCGGCACUGUCGUGGCCAAAUCCGCCGUCGAUCCCAACUGGAAGAGCUUCAAGACCAAUGUCUUGGUCUCACAGGAGUCCGGAGACAAAGCCGUUAUUGUUCAAAGGACUCAAACGUGCAUCUACAACGAAUGGAAGGGCUUUUUUGGCUGGACUUCUGAUCUACGCGCUAUAUUUGCAAGAUCUUGGAGAGAGCAAGAAUCAACCUCAUUAAGAACAGUUCCUUUUGUUCUUGUUGAUGGUUAUGGGGGGCAACAUUCUAAUUUUGAAGGUUUUGGGUGGCAACAUUCUGAUUUUGUUGUUGUGAACAUGGAUGGCUCAAGACAUCCCCUCCCUCUCACAACAGUUUAUCAUCAACUGCAGCCCAUUAGUGCUUCUCCAUAUACCUUCCUUCAGGCACUUUUUGGUCAUGAAUAUCCCGUUGGCUUGCUUGACGAAGAGAAAAUCCUUCCAUCAGGAAAAGAUAUCACUGCUGUUGGUAUGUUCAGUUUUAAAAAUGGAAUUCCUGAGAUCAAGUCAUGCAAGGAUCUUCCCUACUUUUUGUCUGACAUGAGCAAGGAUCAGAUGAUUGUAGAUCUUACCUUCAGGAGCAAAGUACUUCUGUGGAGUUGUAUCGCUCUCGGUUCACUGUCAAUUGGUGUACUUGGCUAUGCUGUUGUGAGGAAUUGGAAUAGAUGGAAAGAGUGGAGGCAACAAAGACAGCUUCAGCAACCAAGACAGGCCGCAAGUGAUGACAUGCACUCUCAGGUUGCAGCAGAGGAGGAGGAGAUGGGAGAUGUUCCAGAUGGAGAGUUGUGUGUGAUCUGUCUGAUGAGGAGAAGGCGAUCUGCAUUCAUUCCAUGUGGGCAUAUGGUGUGUUGCCAACGCUGCGCCAUCUCAGUUGAACGAGAAUCCACACCCAAGUGUCCUGUCUGUAGGCAGGAAAUACGGCAUUCGUUGCGGAUAUAUGAUACAUGAGGAAAAGAGUUACUGUUUCUUGAAUUAGCACACUGUGACUGAGGAAUUUGCUUAUGUGGGAAAAGUCUCUAUAUUUGUCAGAGUGGCGUGUAAUUGUUGUUCUCUCCCUGUUCCAGGCUUUAGGGGUAUAAGGAGGUAAUGGUAAAAUCUUAUUGGUGGAAAUAAGUUUACAGGGAAAUCUGAUGUGAAUAUAUCUAGCGAAGUGAUGCAUAUUGCUUUGCUUUUUAGUUACUGGGAUGUUACUUGUUAGAAUUCUAUAAUAGGUUGAGAAUUGUAAAUUGUGUAAAUUAUAAUUUCUUUACCCUUUCUCUGCAA